UGGACAUCCAAUAGCGACCUUCACAAUCGAAAACAACAUAUCUUGUUAAGCGCCAGUCACAAGUUCCAGCAGCAACCUUACCAAUAUAUAUUUGGUGUGUAGAGUAAAUCGUGGAUUUACUAUUCUAUUUGUAAAUGGACCAUAAUACCCUGCGGAACAUAUUCAGGAAGGUCGACAAAGAUGGAAGUGGUAGUAUUUCUGCUAAUGAAUUACAGUCCAGUUUAUCUAACGGUUUGGGAACCAUGUUUAACUUGAGAACUGUUCAACUAAUGAUAGCAAUGUUUGAUCGUGAUAUGAAUGGUACAAUUGGUUUUGAUGAAUUCUGUAAUCUAUUCAAGUAUGUACAAGACUGGCAACAGUGUUUUCGACGUUAUGAUCGUGAUAACUCUGGUUCAAUUGACCGUCAAGAAUUCGCCAAUGCUUUGGCUAGUUUCGGUUAUCGUUUAUCCCCACAAUUUGUUCAAUUUAUGUUACAUCGUUUCGAUCGAAAUCGUCGUGGGUGUAUUGCAUUUGAUGAUUUUAUUUAUGCUUGUGUAUGUCUACAGACUCUGACAGGUGCUUUCAGACAAUAUGACUAUCGAAUGGUUGGUCAGGCACAAUUUUCAUUUGAACAAUUUUUAACGGCAGCAUUCUCAGUUGUCAUAUAAACACGACUUAAUUUAAACUUGAUUUAAACAAAAUUUUUCUUGUCAAGCAUAAUUUGUAACUGCAUUCAUUCAAAAAGAAAGAAAAAAAGAAAACUCUUUCUGCUUUUAGUUUUUUUUAAUUAUAAACUUUCCUUAAUAUUGUUUUGUUUUUUAAUUUUUAAGGAAAAUAGAAUAUUCCUGCUUGAUUUUUUCAUACCCUAUUUGUACUUAUGAUAUGAUAUAAUCCCUGAAAUUUUUAUUCUAUCAAAUCGUCUAUUGUUGGUUGGUUGGUUUGUUUAUUUCGUCUUCCUGUACUUUGCAUUUGGAUUUUUAUCAAAAAAAAAAAAAAAAAAACAGAAAUCUACGUUGUACUUUCUUUUGAUCUGCAGUGUAUAUUUAUUUUGAUUUGACUGUGUGUUGAAGUUGAAUUUUUCAUUUUAGCGUUUCAGAUCACGGAAUAAAUCAAUAUUAUUAUUAUUAUUAUUAUAUGUGUGGUGAAGUUGUUCACGAAUUUAUUGAUCUGUAUAGUGUUGUUUUGUUGUAUGCGUAUAUACAUAUAAGUGAUUUUCUAAAAAUAA